AUGUCGUCGGGUCAGAGGCUAUCGAGGCAGCAGAAGGGGAAGGCAGUCGCAGCGGCGUCGAAUCCGACAAGGAAUCCCGACGGGGAUCGUGUCGGAGAUCCGGAGCUGGGGCUGACUAGCGGGGAAGGACUCUCAACGGCGGUUCCUCGUUCUGAUGAGGGUUUCCCUUCCGAUGCCAGAAGUGCGGGGAAGGGCAAGAAAAGAAAAAGAGGCGAUGGUUCGGGAGCCGGGAGGAGUACUGAGGAGACAAGUGAUGUCCCUCCUUCCAGUGAGCCCCGGAAGAAGAGCAAGAAGAAAAGGACAAAGAAGAAGUCCACCGGCGAGCAGUUGGAAGAUGCUGACGAGCAGAUCGAGCAAGAGGAAGAGGGUGCUCGAGGAGAAGAAAUUCAGCCCGAAGAGGGGGGUUCUGAGGCUGUAGCCUCGGAGGGACGGAAUGACGAGGAGGGAGUAAGUGAAGGAGAGGAACGCGAGACUUCUCUUAAUGUCGCCCGCUCGGGUGGUUCCAAGGAAAAUAGCGAAGGGUCGCCACUCCUGAUAUGUAGGGGAAAUGACGAAGACGAUGAUGAGAGGCGGUCUCCUGUUCUGACGUCUCCUCGCGAGAGAACUCCAGUUCCCGUCGGGGGAGGGGCCGUCCAGACCGGUACUUCUUCCCGCGGCGCCGCUAUCCUAAGGAGGGCACCUGGAUUCAGCUUUCUCGACAAGGUCGACUUCCACUACGAGGGACCGACUCCCUUAGUGUACGUUCCAGAGAAAUGUGGAGAGUUUCUCUGUCAAUUAAGAGGGAGGGCGAAACCUCUUCCCGCUGGUGAUAGCACGAUGAAUGUCGUGAUUGAUAAAUACGACACGGCCCUUAAAGGAGCCUUGGACGAGCUCGAGCUGGCCAAGAAAGAGUUUGCUGAGAAGGAGGAGGUUUCCGCUCGUCAACUGAACGAGUCAAGGGCCAAUCUGCAGAAGCUCAACGGGAUGAUGACCAGCACCGUUGCUCGACGCGAUGAGUUUAAAGCCGCACUGGAAUCAUCUCGAAGAGUCAUCCGCGAGCUUGAACAGGAGAAUGUUGAUCUCGAGAGCGAGAGGGCUUCGCUCGCUGCCACGCACGAGCGAGAGAUGAGACGUCUGAGGGACUCCAGAAUUUUGGAGGUGACGAGAGAAAGGGGGAGAGUUGAGGCGGAAAUGACCGCCAAGGCUAAUCGUUGCUUCGCCAAGAUUCGUUCUCGAGAGAAGCGUCAGGGUCCUUACGACGAGGCUCGGUUACUCCACAUACCGCAAGCUUCUAUUGAUAUGUUCGUCGAGCACGAGAGAAAAAUUUUGGAGGUGACGAGAGAAAGGGGGAGAGUUGAGGCGGAAAUGACCGCCAAGGCUAAUCGUUGCUUCGCCAAGAUUCGUUCUCGAGAGGAGCGUCGGGGUCCUUACGACGAGGCUCGGUUACUCCACAGCCAAGCCUUUGGGACUAGGAAGUGCCUCGAGGCCUUGAAAGGAGAUGGGAACGACAUACCGCAAGCUUCUAUUGAUAUGUUCGUCGAGCACGAGAGAAAGUACGAACAAGAGGCUGAGAAGCUUAAGGUUGGUGAAAUUCCCGAAGGCGAUCUCAGACUUUCUCCUCUCUUGUUGGAGUCUCAGUUCGUGGAUGCUCGGAUUCUGGCGGGUCUCGACCCAUAUGGUUCCAAUGCUGGCUUAAUUGACCCGGAGACCGCGGUGAAUCUGCAUGUCUCGCCUACUCAUCCGAUCGGAGAAAGGCACUAG